CAUUUUCCGCGCCGAGGAGCACUGCCUCGGUAGCCCCACUUCGGACGGUAGCCGCCGGCAUUACCGUCCGGCCGAUCACUAAUCCAUCCGGGCUCGGCAGGUGCCGGAUUGACCCACUACUCCGGCCGCAGGCUGCGUGCUCAUCAUGGGGUGAAACCUCCAUGAUCCCAGGCUGAGGACGAGUGGUCCUCUUUGCCACUUACGAAGCUCCUGACAGUUGACAACCGUCACGUACCUACUACUAAUAGUUAACUUCGCCCGCCAUGCCAUCCACCACGAGCAGCCCGGUAGCUCUCGUGGUUGGCGCCUCGCGGGGCAUAGGCCGGCAGAUCGCCAUCGACCUGGCCAGGAACGGGUAUGCUGUGGUCGUUGCCGCCAAGUCCACCACUCCCCAAGCCGACCUCGACAAGAUCUCCCCCUUCCCGCCCGAUCCCAAUUCCUCCCAAUCCACCAUCACCACCGUCGCCCGCGAAAUCACUCUCACGGGCGGUGAAGCCACCGCCAUCCCCGUCGACACAACCAAAUAUGAGAGCAUUCAGGAGCUAAUCCGUAAAACCAUCGAGACCUACGCCCGCUUGGACGUCCUAGUCUACAACGCCGGCGCAAUCUACUGGGCGCCCGUCGCCCGCACGCCAAUGAAGCGCUUUCAGCUGAUGCAGCGAGUCAACGUCGACGGCCUGUACGCGGCCGUGCAGGAGGCGCUGCCUCAUCUCAGGAAACGGGCAGUACUAGUAGAGGAAGAAAGGAAUAGGGGAGGAGGAGGAGGGAGAAUCAUUGUGGUGAGUCCGCCGAUUUACAGCCGCUUCUUCCGCGGCAAGACGGCCUAUGCCAUUGGCAAGGUCGGCAUGAGUGUGCUGGUGAAGGGGCUGGGUAUGGACUUGGAGCGGGAGGGGUUGACGGCGGCUGGUGGUGGGGGGUUGGCGGUGACUGGCAUUUGGCCGGCUGUGGCCAUCGAAUCCGCAGCGACAGAACAGUUCACCCGCAGAGACCCGUCCUAUGCCAGGGACUUGCGUAAGCCGACUAUCAUGUCCGACGCCAUCCUCGCCAUGCUCACAGCUCCCGCGCCGGUCGUCAACGGCCAGCUGGAGCUGGAUGAGGACUUCCUCAGAAAGCACGCAGGUGUCACUGACUUCUCCAAGUAUUCGGUCGUCCCCGGAGCGUCGCCAAGGAGGAUCAUGCCUGCUGAGCUCCCUGAUUUGACGGUCAGGGAGCAGGACGAUGAGGGGAUGAGGGCAGAUAGCUCAAAGCUGUGAAUUUUUAUAUCUACGAACGCCAGCUGUCCUAUUGCGGAUCAGGCUGCUUCAGGCUGGGUCUUCUAAGGUUCUCACUUCUCACCUGGAUGUUUGU